CGUCAGCUAAUUAGCACCGUUUAGCGGAGAAGAAAUCUCUGGAGCCGCCACGUAUCACUGAUUCUACUACGACACCAUCGCUUUCGCUUCUUCACUGUUCUUCCUACUUCUGUCUUCGUGAUUCUUCUGUUAUUAAAUUUAUAAUAGAUCGCGAUCGCUUUUAGCUCUCUGUCUUUGGAUUUUACCGGGGAAAGAUGGGUGAAGAAGCUCGAGUUUUAGAUAUGGAGACCAGCGAAGAGAACGCGACGAGACGAAACCAUCUCGUUAAUGACUUGAUAGUCGAUUUAUACCCGCUUAGCAGCUACUACUUCGGUUCGCGAGACGCUCUUCGCGUCAAGGACGAGAAUAUCUCUGAUCGUGUCGACAGAUUGAAAUCGAAUUACGCUGCUCAUGGACUGAGGACUUGCGUUGAAGCUGUUCUUCUGGUAGAGUUGUUCAAGCAUCCUCAUGCUUUGCUUCUUCAAUAUAGAAACUCCAUCUUCAAGCUUCCUGGUGGUCGUUUGAGACCUGGAGAAUCAGGUUUACUUUACUGUUCCGUAACCUCUUUAUGCAUCAAUUCUCUGUCUCAAAUCUCAGCGCUAAAAACCAAAUUUCUCCUUAACCUAUUAGAUAUUGAAGGUCUGAAACGCAAACUAGCAUCAAAGCUUUCGAUUAACGAAAAUGUCGUUGUUCCGGGUUCGGAGGUAGGAGAAUGCAUUGGAAUGUGGUGGAGACCCAACUUUGAGUCAUUGAUGUACCCUUUCUUGCCACCCAAUGUGAAACACCCAAAGGAAUGCACAAAGCUUUUUCUUGUGAGACUACCGGUAAAUCAACAGUUUGUCGUGCCUAAAAACUUUAAACUCCUCGCUGUUCCGUUGUGCCAAAUCCAUGAAAAUGAGAAGACUUAUGGGCCGAUCAUAUCGCAAAUUCCCAAGCUUCUUUCGAGGUUCUCUUUCAACAUGAUGGAGUUAUGAACAAACGUCGUGAUCAUUGCCUCUCUAGUAUCUCUUGUCUCGCGAUCUCGAAUUUGCGACGAGAUUAUAUUGUUUGGUGAAAUCCGUUUUUAGGCCUCUGCGACGAUAUAAUGUAUAUAUGUACGGAUGUGGUAAAAGCUUGUUCUUGUUGAUUAGAGAAUAGACAUGAAUUAUAAUGAUAGUGGUGUUAAUUGAUAGAUAGAUUUACUCGAAACGAUUUUUCUUUAUGCGUUUGAUUGUAUUGUAAGUGUAAUUGAAUUUAUACAUGUGUAAACAAAUAGAGAUAUGUAUGGGUUAUUUGUAUUUUCUUAUAAAUAAAGGUAUAAGAAC